AUGACACAUUUACAAAAUAGACCAGUUUGUGGGGUCAUGUUUAGGCAAUCAUGUUUUGGUGAUUACGUGAACAUGCCAAUGGGUAUCGAAUGUCACCCUUUACUAUGUCAUUAUCUUAUGUGCAAGGAAUUUACUACUUUUGAUCCAAUUGACAUAAAAGCGUUUAUAUUUCCGGUUAGCGACUAUCAUGUUUGCUUUGACAGGAAAGCAUUAUGCUUGGUCACCGGUUUGCGGUUCGGAGAGUAUUUCCCUCCUAGUUUUGGUUUUGCAGAGUUCAGAGAACGUAUGUUUCCAUUUGUGUCGCUUUCACGUUCGGUAAGUAUGAAUGACCUUAUGCAUAUGUUCAAUAACUUACUUCAUCAAUUAAGUAAUGAAGACAUGGUGAGAGACUCCCUGUUGUAUAUACUAGAGCACGGAUUUUUGGGGAAAUACCCUCAACAGCCAGUUACCAAUGAACGCAUGACACUUGUCUAUAAUUUAAACAAGUUUAACAGGUACUCAUGGGGCAGAGUGAUAUGGGAUUUCACUUACAAAGAGAUGUGUACUGUGUUUGAUAAGAUUAAAGACCAUUUGAGCCCAAAUACGCCAAGAGUCGGCAGUAGACACACAUAUACUCUACAGGGAUUUGUCUAUGCAUUUAAGAUUUGGAUCAUGGAGACAUUUCCCAACAGUAGGAUAGUUGGUUCCCCUAUACCAAGUGUUAUCCCUCGGGCAGUUUCAUACCCUAGGAUGAGGCGUUUGCAGUUACCUGACUGUCAACGUAUUCUCAAUGUUACUAAUAUAUGUAGUUUAUGA